AUGACACUACCGUUAGAACAAGAAAAGCCACAAUAUUAUGAUGCAAAAGAUAUUAUUGUGACUUUUGGAGCUGUACCACAAGAGAUCACUCUUCUUGUUAAUACUUUAGUCGUGAGCGAAAAGAAGCAGCUAUGGGGUAUUCCAUGCCAGAAAGGCAAAUUGGAUGGCAAUCUCUUUUUACUGCUAUCACUGGCAUUGGUAAAACUUUUACUGGUAUGGCAAGUACUUUAUUCAUCAAAGAGCUUCAACCUCGUCUACCCAGAUACCGAAAAAGAAGUAAUUAACGCAUUUAACCCAACCGCGAGAAUGUUAGCACUUGCUCAAAGAGCAAUUCAACGUUAUCAAACACAAACAAUAAUCUUCAAUGAAAAUAUCUCGUAUCAAAAUAGUGUUCGUUUCGGUGUUAUUGCAUCGUCGAAUUUAUUUGGUGUACCUCAAACAUGCAUUGAUUUACGUCACAACCAUUUCAUAGUUGAUAUUCUGGAAAUGGAAUAG